AUGCAAGUUUUUGAUUACACCAUUGAAUACAAGCCUGGUAGCGAGAACAUAGCAGAUUCCCUGUCUCGACUGAGCUGUUACCACAGUCUGGACGAGGAGAAAACGAGGAACGUUGCAGAAGAAUAUGUACGGUUUAUAGCCCAGAAAGCCACCCCAAAAGCCAUGACAACACGAGAAGUAGAGGAACAUUCCCAUCGUGAUGCUGAAGUGAGUGAACUAAGGCGAUGCAUUCGUGAAGGUGUCUGGAACAACAAAGAAUGUGUUAAAUAUAUUCCAGUAAAAGACGAACUGUGUGCCAUCGGCAAAGUUGUUUUGCGUGGAACUCGCAUUGUUAUUCCCCAAACUCUGAGACAGCAAGUACUAGCUAUUGCACACGAAGGACAUGUUGGAAUUGUUGCUACGAAACUGAGACUGAGGACUAAAGUGUGGUGGCCCGGUAUCGACAAAGACGCUGAACAAUAUGUAAGGUCGUGUCAUGGAUGUCAAUUAGUUGGACAAGCAACUCCACCGGAGCCUUUGAUGCCUACUGAGCUGCCGCUUGGCAAAUGGCAGGACUUAUCCUUGGAUCUCCUGGGACCGAUGCCAACAGGAGAGUACCUGCUUGUUGUCAUUGACUAUUAUUCUAGGUACUAUGAAGUGGAGAUCUUGAUGUCAGUUACUGCAUCCCAGAUUAUCUCACGCCUCGAGACGAUAUUCGCUGUUCAUGGCCUGCCAGUAACCAUAACGAGCGACAACGGACCACAAUUCCGGUGUGAAGAGUUUGAGCAUUUUCUUGUUGAUAAUGGUAUCUUACACCGCAAGGUUACGCCACAAUGGGCACAGGCAAAUGGCGAAGUAGAGCGUCAAAACCGAAGCCUACUCAAAAGCAUGAGAAUUGCACAAGCAGAAGGAAAAAAUUGGAGGAAAGAGCUCUUUCAUUACCUCGCUACAUACAGAACAACGCCGCACACCGUCACAGGAGUUUCCCCUGCGGAGUUAUUAUUUGGUCGGAAGAUCCGCACAAAGAUGCCUGAGUUGCACGAACCUACCAUAAAUAACGAUGAGCUACGAGAUCGUGACUGGGAAAAGAAAAUAAAAGCGAAGACAUAUGCAGAUGAACGAAGGGGUGCUCAACCAAACGACCUUCAGACUGGUGACCAAGUGCUUCUAAAGAAGAAAAAGUCAGACAAAUUGUUAGCAAAAUUUGAAAGUGAGCCUUACGAAAUCAUUGAAAAGAAGGGCAAUAGUGUUGUGGCACAGUCACCUGAGAAAGUUCAAUACCAGAGGAACGUCACAGAAGUAAAGAAGUUUACCCCCAGAGAUGAACAAUGUGUUGACAGUGAUCAUCAGUUUGAGUUACAAUAG